UAAAUAUUAUUCUCAAGAUAUUCCCUCAAAAUAUGAACACUGGAACCUAGAGAAUUGAUUGUCGUGGACCUAAGUAUUCACUCGUCCUCAUACUCAUUAGCUUCAUAAUUCUUAGCCGGAUAUUCAUAAUCUCUAUAAAACCAUGGAUAAUACCCGUCUUCUUUGAAUUAAAAUCACAACACUCUCUCAUAUUCAUAAUCUUUGUCUCCUCACUUAUCAUUGUGUCAGAAUGAAUCAAUCUUCGGUGGAAAAACCUUCACAGGGGUCGUACAUGAGUCCGCCGCCGAUUGGUUAUCCGACCAGAGAUGUGGCUGGUGCGGAUCCUGUGGUAGCCAAAGUGGAGACCAAGUCCAAAGGCGGGUGUUCUUGUUGUGGAGGAUAUUCUUGUGUACAAAUUCUUGAGAAGCUCUGCCUUUGUUACCAUAUUUUGGAUUGUUUUCAAAACCACUGUUGCUGCUGAUGAGAUCGGAGUUAACGGUUUCAUGCACUUAUUGGUGUAUAUAUAUAUAUAUAUAUAUAUAUAUAUAUAUAUAUAUAUAUAUAUUUAUAUUUGAUGAUUAUUGUGUUACUUAAUUUCAGCUUUAUGUGAAAUGUACUCUACGGAUGGUUCUCUUUGUUGUGUUUUACAUAAGUGAUCAUAUAUAUAAGUCAAUUUUGUUUGUGAAGAUGCUAUAUCCAACACAUGUCCUCUAAAUCUUCAUAACAAUGUAAAAUAUAACAAGUACGCUAAAAACUGUAACAUAAUAUACACUAGAUUGUGAUAAGCGCUAAGCGCAACAUUUACCUUCUCCGGAUAUAAUAAGAGUUACUAUCAGAUUUAUCAUCAAUAGAAUUUAAUUAUUUUAUAUUUAAUAUAUUUAAAAAGAUAAACAAAAUAUUGUCAAGUUAUAUUGUAUUAUUAAAAUAAAAUUAUAAAAUAAAUAAAAAUAAUAGUUGUUGCUAUUUUUUUAAAAAAUUAUUUUCGACAUUGUAUAAACCCUAAAACCUAAUAACUUUGGAUAAAUCAGCACCUUAAAUCAAAAAUAUUACACUAAAUUUAAAAACACUAAAUCAUUAAUCCUAACUAAAACUGAUUGGCUUAGCGAAAGAUCAGAUUCGAUCAAAGAUCUCUCUUUGUCUCUCUGUUCCUUCUGAAAGAUGUAUCACGGUUAAGAAAGAUGAACGAGAGAAAUUCCUCUCCCUAAAAGAGAUGAGAGAGAGUCGAUCAGGGUUUGCAUCUGUAAAUCACUCUAUUUUGAGGAGUGAAUUUUGUUAUAACUAAUCUUGUAAACAUAAACAGUUUUUUUUGUUGCGGAUUUUCUUUUGAAUUUCAGUUGGCCCAGCCCGUCUUAAAUGGGCCGAACUAUAAUCAUUUCCUUCAGGAAUAUUCAGGGUUUUCCUUAGCAGUUAGCACACUAUAUAAUCAAACCAAAAACUUAACCUCUAGCCGGAAGAGGUAGAAGAGACGAAGCCAUGGUUAAGUUUCUGAAGCAGAACAAAGCUGUGAUCCUCCUUCAAGGUCGUUAUGCCGGCAAGAAGGCAGUGAUCAUCCGUUCUUUCGACGACGGCAACCGCGAGCGUCCUUACGGACACUGCCUCGUCGCCGGACUCAAGAAGUAUCCGAGUAAAGUCAUCCGCAAGGACUCGGCGAAGAAAUCGAGAGUCAAAUGUUUCAUCAAGGUCGUUAACUACCAGCAUCUGAUGCCUACUCGUUACACGUUGGACGUGGAUCUGAAGGAGGUUGCGACUCUCGAGGCUCUGUCUUCGAAGGACAAGAAGGUGGCGGCUCUCAAGGAGGCUAAGGCUAAGCUCGAGGAGAGGUUCAAGACUGGAAAGAACAGGUGGUUCUUCACCAAGCUCAGGUUCUGAGAACUGAGUUUUUCUUUUAAUAUUUUGUAAUGGAAUUUACAUGUAGUUCUAGAAUGGAUGUGGAUCAUGUUUAAGACUUUUUGGUUUGAAAUAUUUU